AUGGCUGUGAAGACUUUAGGGAGCUUACUGUAUUCUAAAACCGAGGUGCGUGAUUGGAUCUCUAUAAGGGAUAAUGAGAUAUGGAAACUGGAGCAAAACGAAAAUGACAUUUUACCGGCAUUAAGAUUGAGUUACAAUAAAUUGCCAUCGUACUUAAAAGAAUGUUUUGCUUAUUGCUCAUUGUAUCCAAAGGAUUUUAGAUAUGAAAAUAGGGACUUAAUUCAGGGUUGGAUGGCAAAUGGGCUUCUCAAAAAGUCCAACAAAAGUACUGAAGAGUUGGAAGAUAUUGGAGAACAAUAUUUAGAAGAGUUGUUAUCAAGAUCCUUCUUUCAGGAAGUUAGAGGUGAAGGCAAUAUUGUUUGGACAUUUAAAAUGCAUGAUUUGUUACAUGAUCUUUCGUUAUAUGUUGCACAAAAUGAUUAUUGCUUAAUUGAAGACACUAAUAACACCAACAAGUUUGAAAAGGCUAGACACGUUUCAAUUUUGGACCGUGAGUGUGGUGUUGAUGCAACAAUAACUUUUUUACACAAGUUGAGUAACAACAUGCAAACUAUUAAUUUCUCAUUUGAUGAUGGCAGCCAAUUUGAUUCUAUUAAUAUUAAUGAAUCUUUGGUGGAAACAUGCAUCUCAAGGUUUAAGCACCUACGAUUGCUAAAUUUAAGAUAUUCAACGUUGGAAACGUUGUCAAGCUCAAUUAGUACUUUGAAGCAUUUGAGAUAUCUCAACUUACGUGAAAAUAAGAAAAUAAAGAAAUUGCCUAACUCCAUUUGCGAUCUACAAAAUUUGGAAACUUUGAUAUUAUCUGGGUGUUAUGAUCUUGAAGAGUUGCCAAGGGAUAUAAGAAAGAUGGUUAGCCUCAGAUAUUUAGUGAUAACCACAAAACAAACGCAUUUACCCGCCAACGGAAUCGAGUGCAUGUCUUCUCUUCGAUAUUUGUCCUUUGACAGCUGUUAUAGACUAGAGUGUUUUAAUGAAGGAAUCCAACGCCUCACCGCCCUUCGCUGCUUGAGCUUCUGUGAUUGUGAAAGCUUGAUAUCUUUGCUGCAAGGUAUGAAACACCUAACCGCAUUGGAAUAUCUGGAUAUUAAAUAUUGUGAAAAACUUAAUUUAAUGGAAAGGGAUGACUACCCGACAAGUCUUCAAACACUCUAUAUUUGGGGAUUGCCACAAUUAGUGAGUUUGCCCCAAGGGCUUAAAGGAUCUGCCGACACUCUACAAUUUUUAUGUAUUGCUAAAUGUGAGAACUUGGGGGUAUUGCCAGAGUGGCUUCCCGAUCUCAGUUCUCUUCGCACGCUUCAGAUUGAGGAUUGCCGAAAAUUAUCGUCUCUGCCAGAAGGGAUGGAUCGCCUCACUGCCCUAAGAGAACUACUUAGUUUGCAUUCCUUUUAUACAAACAAAAGAACAAUUAUCAAACUCCUUUGCCAAUAA